UUAAAAAUUAUUAUUAUCGAUUUUGGCAGCCAACUUCUCCCACUCCUUAACCAUUGUGACCCGCUUUCUGACGUCCAUCAUUCAUUUCAUCCGUUUCUUUUCUUCUUUUAUUCUUUCAUUCAUCUUAGCCUUUUUAAAUCAUCAGAUGUUGCGUUUCUGUAUUUUGUUUUUUCUUUCUCUGAACUUAAUGAUCGGAAAAGAAGCAAUCUUUUCUCUUAUCUUGGUCUCUGUGAUUUUUUCUUUUCAUUUCUUUUUGUGUAUGGUGAUGAUGAUAGCUGUGUGUACUGUAUCAUUAGGUUGAUAAUUUUGUUUCUGUAAAUUGGAUGUAUCUUUUGAUUUGGUGGGCAAUCUCUAAAAAGGUUUCUUAACUGUUGUUCUUAUAAAAAUUGAAUACUUGUAACGGUUAAGCAUUAGAAAAGAUGUUGGGAGGCAACAAUGAGAACCCUUUACCACAGGAUAGCCAGUUUCAGUACCAAACAAACACUUCGUUGAAUCAGCUUCACUUGCUUGGAACCAUGAGAGCUGGUUGCACUAUUGAUCCUAUAAACUACUUUGCUAACGAUAACCUUGCUACAAUGUCUCGGAAUAAUAGCAAACGCGCUAGGGAGACCGAGACCAACCAUAGUAUCCAGAGACAGCAGAAGCUGCAGAGCUCUUUUGACUAUAACUACAACAACAAUAGUGUUGCUCAAGAUGAAGCCCCAAAGCAGAACUUAGUGUCCACUGGUCUGAGACUAUCUUAUGACAAUGAUGAGAGAAACUCUUGUGCAAAUGGAAGCAUCACAACUCCAAUGUUUCAGUCACUCGGUGACACUAUCAGAUUGGACUUGGAUAGACAGAAAGAAGAGCUUGAUCAGUUUCUCAAAUUCCAGGGGAACCAACUGGCGAAAGGUGUGAGAGAUAUAAAACAGAGACAUGUCACGUCCUUUGUCACGGCCUUAGAGAAGGAUGUGAGCAUGAAGCUUCAAGAGAAAGACCAGGAGAUCGAAAACAUGAAGAAGAAGAACCGGGAACUCGUGGAAAAGAUAAAAAAAGUGGCGGUAGAAUCUCAGAACUGGCAUUACAGGGCAAAGUACAAUGAAUCUGUGGUUAAUGCCUUAAAGGUAAACCUGCAACAAGUGAUGUCACAUGGAAACAACACCAAUCCAGGUGGUGUAUUAGCAGUGGAAGAAGGGUACGGGGAUAGCGAGAUUGAUGAUGAGGCAGCUUCAUACAACUACAUGAACAUCCCGGGGAUGCCAAACACUGGGAUGAGAUGCAAGUCGUGUAACGUAAAGGAGGUUUCGGUCUUGCUUGUACCGUGUAGGCACUUGAGUUUGUGUAAAGACUGUGAUGUGUUCACUGGUUUUUGUCCUGUUUGUCAGUCUUUCAAAACUUCUAGCGUUCAAGUCUUUUUCUCAUGAGUAAAAUCCAUGAAAUAGAGUCUGUCUUCAUACUCCUGAAAUGUUGUUGAUUGUGGAGACAGAUGAUCAUAUUUGUAUGUGAUGAUUAUGGUGAACUAAAAGAUGAAACCGUGUACACGAUUGAUGAUA